GUCAACAUUUUGCAAAAGAAAGAAAUUUUUUGUUGGAAAUUAAAUGAAAACCAAUAUUCAGUGAUUUCAUUAAACCUCAAACCAUGGCAACGAACAACGUCAGUAAAAAUCUCAAAGACUUAACACCGCAAGAGUUUACAGAAUUUUUCAAUUCAUUCGAUUUGGUUUUAUGCGAUUGUGAUGGAGUUCUAUGGAUGGGAUGUGGAUUGGCAUUACCUAGGGCCGUUGAGGGAGUGCAGCUGCUAAAGGAUAAAGGCAAACUAGUGAAAUUUGUAUCGAACAACAGCAUGAGAUCGGAUCAACAGUAUGCGGAAAAAUUUGUUCAGCUGGGUAUGAGGGAUUACAAAGUGGCCAAAACAAUGGCCUGGUAUUUGAAAAAUAUCAACCCUGAAGCCAUUGUUUAUCCACUGUUAACCCCAGCAGCCAUAGAAGCUUUGCUCAGAUACGGCAUCAGAGUGGUACCCAAACAAAUCGACAUGAAUGCUUUGACUUUUAGCAACUUCACCCAGUAUAUGGUGGAACACGACCCACCUAGAGUAGAUGCUGUUAUAGCUGAUGCCUGGCUGGCUACAAGUUUUGCGCAUCUUGUCAAAGCCUUGCAAUACCUCAAAGACCCCAAAUGUCAACUAAUAUUAGGAGCUAUGGAUGCUAUGCUGCCAGUGAAUGCGGAUCUCGCUAUACCAGGCUUUUUGGAUUUUUAUGAAUUUCUUAAAAAAUAUUCUAAUAAAACUCCCAUAACAAUGGGAAAACCAUCAAAACUUUUGGAAGAAUUUGUCAAACAUUGUUUUGCCAUAACAAAUCCUCAGCGUUGCCUAUUUAUUGGUGAUUCCCUAAAAUCAGAUAUCAGCUUUGGAAGAUCUGCUGGUUUCCAGACAUUAUUUGUGUGUAGCGGCGGUAUUGACAACGAAGAGGCCAUGCUAAAUACCUUAGACGAUUAUAAACCGGAUUACUAUACCAACAGCGUUGCUGAUUUCAUUGAUUUAUUACCAUGACAUAAUAUACGCAAUAAAAUCUAAUUGAGAGUGAAAAGGUGAUAAGUCCACUUAUAUGAAA